GAUGCAGGUGGUCCUGAGUAGUGUGGUUGGGGGGUCGCCGGGCUGGGCCUCAGUAGGGCUGCUAACCCCGAAGGACUGAACAUGAGCGGUGGUUACGACGUCAGCCUGUUUGCCGCCCCGCCGGACGCCCACCUCCUGUGUUCGGUUUGCUACGGCGUCCUGAGGCAGCCCGUGGGGCUCCCUUGCAGGCACACGUUCUGCAGGAAAUGCAUCGUGCAGUGGCUGGUGAGGCAGAGGACGUGUCCGUGCUGCAGGCGAGAGGUGAGGAUGAAGCAGUUGGUCCUCAGGCACACGCUCCGAAGGCAGAUCAACCGCCUGAAAGUGAAGUGUAAGAACGUCGAGGAGGGCUGCCCGGUCACCGUGCCCCUCCACCACCGCCGAAUCCACCUGCUGUCCUGCCAGUACGAGCCCGCCCCUUGCCCUCACCGAGGAUGCCCGGCCUGGGUGGCGCGCAAGGACCUGAGCGACCACGGCGAACGAUGCCCGCACGGACGGCGGCCCCGCGCCCGCGGGGCCCAGCUGAGCGCCGCCCGCGCUCACCACGACCGCCCCGGCCGACGGCAGGAGGAGUGGAGGCGGCGAUGGCGGCGGCGACGGGCAUCUUGCCAGCUGCUCCUGGCCGGGCUGGACCGCUCCCUCCGCCACCUGCGCCGUGCCACCCGACGUCUCCAGGCCCAGCUGGCGUGGCUGGGAGGGCGCCUGGAGGGGAGGCGGGUGGACGACCGCCGCGGCCCGUCGGCGUGAGGCGAGGGCUCCCCCACCCCGGGACCCCCGUUGCCGUCUAUAAAUGUAAAGGUCGGAUGGAGCCGGCCGGACGG